AUGCAAGGGAUGUUGAUCGCCAGAAACCAUCAAAACAAUGCGGAAAUUGCAACCACGGGCUGUCCAACCCCUUCCAAUCGUUCAAAGCUUCAAUAUGGGUUUCAAAGCCGCUACUCUCGUUUCCGUCUUCUUUUUUUGCUAUCAUUUGCUGCUGCGGAGGCAAUUCCCCAGACAGACUAUGACGUUAUUAUUGUUGGCGGUGGUCCCGCGGGACUGAGCGCCAUCAGUGGAGUGUCGCGCGUCCGUCGAACUGCGUUGCUGUUCGACAACCAGCAUUACCGCAAUGGUGUCACACGGGAGAUGCACGAUGUGAUUGGAAACGAUGGCACCCCGCCUGAUGUCUUCCGAGGACUGGCUCGUUCGCAAAUCGAGAAGUACGAUACCGCUCACUUUGUCAACGAGACAGUUGCGUCCAUUGUUCCUAUUGAGGGAGACUUCUCUUCCUUUACAGUGACAGAUGGCACUGGUAAGAACUAUACUGCCCGCAAGAUCGUUUUGGGCACCGGUCUCAAGGAUGAUCUCCCUGCCACCCCUGGUCUGCGUGAGAACUUUGGCAAAGGAAUUUACUGGUGCCCCUGGUGUGACGGUUACGAACACCGCGAUCAGCCCAUCGGGAUCCUCGGCUCGCUCGUAGAUGUUGUUGGUACAACUUUGGAAAUCCACACCCAGCAAAGCGACAUCGUUGCCUUCGUCAACGGUACCGACACCCCUGAUGUGGAGGCUACUCUUGCAUCCAACCGUGGAGAUAACUGGAGAGACCAACUCAAUGCGUGGAAUGUCACCAUCGAUAACCGCACCAUCAGCUCCAUCGACCGUCUCCAAGAUGGCGGCAAGAACCGGGACGAGGAACAUGAUCGCCAGUUCGACAAAUUCCGCAUCAACUUCACCACUGGCAAGCCCGUGGAGCGCAAUGCUUUCAUCACCAACUUUGGAACCAGCCAGGCCUCCUCUCUCCCCACUGAUAUGGGUCUCGAAAUGGAGGGGAUCUAUGUAAAGACUGCCGCUUCCACCCGCACAUCCCUAACCGGUGUGUUCGCUGCCGGUGACAUGAAAAGUGACGGCGCUACCAACGUUCCUAACGCGAUGUUUAGUGGCAAGCGUGCUGCUGUGUACCUUCACGUGGAGCUAUCCAAGGAAGAGACUACUUCUAAGAUCUCCAAGCGCUCAAACUUAUCCGCUCGUGAGCUCGAGAAGGAGGCCAUGCGGGCUAUCGGAGACGACCUCGCCUCCGAAUGGGAGCGGGCUCAGGCUUUCCAGUAG